CCUCCCCAGUCCCAUGCUGCCCCUGGGUCUAUUUGGGGGGGUGGGGUGUGCGUUACCCCCCCCACGGGGUUGUGUCCCUCCUGUGGGGGGUGUCCCCCAAACCUCUCCCUGCACUUGGGGGGCUGCUCCCUGGGUGCUUUCCCCCCUCCCCUUUCAUUCCCCACAGGUCUCCCACCCCACUGCACCCCAUUAUGCUGCCCCGGAGCUACUGGGCUAUGCUGAUCUUCUGUGCUGCUGCUGCGUUUUUGGGGUGGCUGGACCUUGGCACCCCCCAAAAGGAAGCAGAGGUCCCCCCAACCUUGGGGACCCCCCCGGAGGUGGGGAUUGCCCCCCACGACUCCUUUGAGAAGACCACGGGUGUUGAUGACCAGUUCAAGGCUGAAGCCACGUGCUGGGCGCUGUCACCCCUGGACGACUGUCACCGUCAGGUCAUGGUGCGGCUCCGCUCGUCCUGCGCCAACCUGAGCAAGGAGGAUGAGGAGGAAGAGGAGGAAGGAGCCAACUUGUUCAACUGCCAGGCCAGUGCUGAGGGUCACCGGACAUACCCCUGCACCCCCGACACGGAGGAGCUGGGGAAGCGGCUGAAACUGGAGACCUGCGACUGCCACAACCUUCAGCAACUGGUGCUGGCUGAGACCCUCACCACCGUCGAGCAGCACCGGGUGGCCCAGCUCAUGGAGGACAUCGCCCAGCAGAUGGGGAAUGACCUGACCCUUCUCCUGGCCCAGCAGCAGCGGAUGGAGGAGGUGAUGGAGAAGCUGCAGCAGGUCAACCAGAGCCUUGGGUUGGUGUUGACUGCUGUGGAGGGUGCACGGAGCCAGCUGGAAAACCAUCUGCAGCACCUCCACACUGUCCUCGACCCACCCGGUCAGAGCCCAAGUGCCAUCUCCACCUCCAUCCUACACGGCUCCUACUUGGUGUUGCUGGCUGCAUUGCUGAUGCUCACGCCACCUCAUGCCAUCCUGCUCCUCUUCCUCUUCUUCCUCGCCUCCAGCACCCUCAGCAUCCCAGCACUCUCCGUUCUCCUGGUCUUCACCGUGGCAGGACAGUGGCUGGUGGCGGCUGCCCGCCGCGGUGCUGGGGGAGCCUGGCUGGUCCUUCCCCAAGAGGAGCCCCACCACCAGCUCACCUCCACCCCAGACAGGGAGUGCAAAAUUGAGCUGUUGCAGGAGGAACUGGACGGGAUGGAGAUGAGCUGCCUGCAAGAGCCCUCGCGCCUGGAGCAGCCCCCGGCGAUGGCAGGGGACACCCCUCGCGUAGCAAGGCGGGUGUCACCCGUCCCCAGCGGCUGGAGGACAAAGCUGAGCUCGUGUGGGGGGCCAAGGGACAUCUCCUGCAGGACAGGAGGGUCACCGGGGCCAGAGGGUACCCUGCCGAACCGCUUCUUCCCCAGCCAAGCGAUGCUGGAGUCUGCCACGGGUGCUGGGAAGCGCUGGGAGCCCAAACCCUGCAGCCCGAGCCAGUCUCUGGCCAACGACGUGUCCUUGCUGUCCCCACGGUCCCCGUGCCAGGGGCUCACCAGGGCCGGGCAGCGAUGCCGGAAGAAAGCCAUCCCCGGCCAGGAAUUCUGCCACAUCCACACCACCGAUCCUGGUGGAGAACACAGGGCGGUGCCCAGGACCCUAAGGGUGCCAUUUGACGUGGGUACGGGACCAUGCUGCGCGGCAGACGCUCUUCACCCCACCGUUUUUAUGCUAUUUGCAUCUGUUUUAAUAAAUGCCAUAUUUACAGCUGGAGCCUUCCCACUCCUGGUCCCUCUGCCCCAUCUUGAUGCUGGGGUAGGGGCAGCUUUGGGGGCUUUGAGACCAUCCCCACAUGUCAACAGCAACAGCAAAUGCCCAGGCUGCCACUCCUGCGCUGCAGAAACAACCCUGAUCACCUUCCCUUUAUUACAGCCUAAUUACAGGUAAUUAGCAGUGUAACCCAUUACAUGGCCAAGGCAGAGGUGGUGGCUCCAGUUGGCUGCUACCAUCUGGUCUGAGGUCCCAAA